GUAGCAGAUUUAGAGCACAGACUUGUAGCAGAUUUAGAGCACAGACUUGUAGCAGAUUUAGAGCACAGACUUGUAGCAGAUUUAGACAGGGAAGAUUCAACUGAAAGCUCCAGCACUGAUAAAGAAAACAAAAGUGAUCCACUAGAAGUUUCUCUUGUGAUGAUAAGACCAAAGAAAGAUGAGUUCAUUGGUAGUCUACAGUUGAGUUCUGUUCCUGAUGAGGGGCCUGUGUUCAAUUUAUCUAAGAGGAACCACAGCAUGGCCCCCCUACCUGAAGGCCAUGACAGAUCAUCUGUGAAAUUGUCAUCUCUCAGGAACAGAGAUUUACUCACACCAGCAGAGACGCUGCGUAAGAAACGUCAGUAUCCUUACUCACUCCAAAGCAGAAAAAAAUCAAUUUCACCGAAAAAGGAUGUGCUCCAUUGUAAACAAAUGUCUGGAGAUGGUUCUAGUAGUGAGCUCUCACUAACAUCUCAACAGAAAACCCAGAAACCUCAAAGGGAAAAGAAAAAAAGACUCAACCAAAAGCAGAGCCCCCUGAAGCCAGAAGUGGCUGUUCAGAAAUUGCCAACUCAAGAACCCAGUAACUCGCUCAGCAGAGAGAGAGAAAAUCUCCCGAAAGCCGCAGACAGAGACUCUAAUCGACCUUCUCCACUUUCCUUGUCCACACCUGAUCACAUGACUAUGCAACCGGCCCAAGACUCUCAAACCAGCUCCGGGGAAGAAAACCCCAGGGGUCGCAGUUUAAGGGAUCGAAGUUUAAUGCGUUCACCCGAAAGUGUUCAGAAGAUGAGGCAAUAUCCAAUCUCUUUUUAUUAUUCCAGGAAAAAAAUGCUAGAAAUAAGUGGGGAAGUUUCUCCUGAUCAAAGUGCAAACAUUUCAAAACAAAAUGGGAGAUCACCAGGACCUACAAAACACUCUCCUGUCAAGGGCAAGCAGAAGAAAUCAGAUUUAAAAACGGCAGCUAAAUUUUCUGGAAACAGAUCUCAGCCAGUCGUGUCCCUUCCUUCUGCUUCCUUUAAAAAAAGUGUUCAGAAGCAAGGAAUAAGAAAGUCAUUGACUUUGUCCAGAGGUGUGAAGUAUUCCAUCUCAAACAGUGUCUUAGUUUCUGGUGCUCUGUCCAGUCAAAAGGACUGCUCUGAUGCUCACCUAUCACGAAGAGAAGAGCAGCUUGAGUUGAAACAAAAAGAAGUGUCAACAAAGACAAAAUGCAAACAAAAGUCCAAGGCCAUUGCUACUUACAAUGUAGCCGUUGGUGCUCACAAUGAAGCCACUGGUACUCACAAUGCAGCCAUAGUACCUGACCAUCGAACUGCAACUCAGGCUGAUUUGUUUCUCUCACCCAGCAAGUCUCCCUUGGGGAAAACUUCAGGGCUUAACACGUCUCUAGUCAAGAAUGGAGAGUUAAUGGUGGGGCAAAUAGGCUCUUUGAUAGAGAAAAAUAUGUCAAAUGGCCAGAUCAUCAGUUCACCUAUGAAGAAAAAUAAACCAUCUCUUAUUCAGAGCAGGUCUCUGAUGGGGAAUGACAAAUCUUCAAGUCAGAGCAGGUCACCAUUGGGGAAAAGAAAAUCAUCUGUUAUUCAGAGCAGGUCACCAUUGGGGAAAAACAAAUCAUCUGUUAUUCAGAGCAGGUCGCCAUUGGGGAAAAACAAAUCAUCUGUUAUUCAGAGCAGGUCACCAUUGGGGAAAAACAAAUC